AUGAUUACAACCUGUCGCACAUUGGCAAUCAUCCCCAUCAAAAUCACAGCUUGAGACUCAGCACGAAUCUUGGCAAACUCCAUCAUUUAUAUCUGUAUAAAAGCAUCCUGCAUUACAUUCUCCACACUUAUAAGAAUCAUACUGGCAAGCUUCAUUAUUGCAUUCUUUAUCACAUUUAUUGUUCUCCAGCAUACUUUUUGUGCAUCCAGGAGCACAAUCACAGUCUGUUCCAUCAUAACCACAGUCAGCGAAAUAGCAAGCUGAGUUGCAAACUCCAUCAUUAAUCAUAAAUGAGUAACAGCCAUCAGCACAGGUAUUGUUAUCACAGUCUCCGAAGUCAAAAUUACAGUUAGCAUUAUUGCAAACAUCAUCACAUUUUCCAUCACCUAA